AUGGUCCCUAUCAACGAUAAUGACGUUGGUUUGGAAGACAUGGAGUUUAGAUUCCCAGAGGUUAAUGAAGUCAAAGAAUCUAGUAUGGAAAGCUCAAAACCAAACUCAUCUGAAGAUUCCCGGUCACCGGAGGUGAUGAUGUCGCCGGUUGACAUUGUAAUGAAUGAAGAAGAUUGGAGAAAUGGAAGUGACAUUCAUGGGGAUCGCCAAGACUCAAGCAUGGGCAUGGACGUGCAUGGGAAAUCACAGCAAGAAGUUGAAAGUUCAAAUAAUAAUGAGAAUAAUAAUGAUGUGGCAUAUACAGAACUUCCUAGCUAUAAUGUGGAGAAGAAUAAUGUAUGA